AUGUACCGUAAAGACAACACGUGUCACUCUGGUGGACUUUUAGUUUAUGUUAAUGAGAAGUUCGUAUCUAAAAGGCUAAUUGAUUUGGAAAAUACCUUACCAGAAUCACUUUGGAUUGAAAUAAAAGACCUGAAAAGGAAAUACGGCUGUGUACUUCCAGAGGAACCCUGGUAUGGUUCUUUUAUCUUCGACGACCGGAAGAGGACUUUGCGUUAUGAAUGUGAUGAUGGUUACAUAUUGACCGCCUACCGGCAACGCGACCGGAAGUGUCGAAAGGGUAAAUGGACCGGAAGUGACUUGUACUGUUUGAACUUGGACUUUACACAGUCAAAAUGCCCUGAGUUAAGAACUCCAAACAAUGGCCAUGUAUAUACGGAGGGAAGAGUUGUUGGUAGCAAAGCUUCUUUUAUUUGUGACGAGGGUUUCGUACUUUACGGUUCAUCUACAAGAACUUGCCAGAAAGGCCGCAGAUGGGAUGGUACUAUGCCUGUUUGUAAAAGUCGACGCACCAUCAAGGAUAUUGCCAGUCAUUUGAAAGAAACUAUGAUUGACAGUUUGGCAGGGACGACAACUAGCUCAAAGACUGGCGCACAGUCUCGUUUAAGCCCUGGUAAAAGUGGUCUUGAUGUCGUAUUGCUUGUCGAUGUAUCAUCCAGCAUUGGGGAAAGGUCAAUGGAUUCGGCGAAAAAAUUUAUGAAACUACUUGUGGAUAUUUUUGGUGUAUCAAACGAAACGUCCGGAG